UGGCCAUAGUGCUCCGGCAGUGCUCGUACAGUACGGGUCGGGUUGAGCCGAGCGAGCGAACGAGCGAGCAAGCGCCGCAGUUUUGGGCAGGAUAGGGUGCCAGCAACAGCAAAACAGAGCGCACGAAGUGUACGCCACUGCCAAGUCAGUCGAUUGGCGACAGUCGCGUUAGAUGGGUUUGCUGAAGCGCGCGCGCUAGAGGCGACUAGAGCGCUUUGCUGUGUCUCUGUGUUUUACUUUGCAGGAUCAAAGCUGCUGAAGCUCACGGGUCAGUCUCAGGCAGGACGGAAACGGAGACAGAGCCGGGGUACAGCUGGACACCAUUUCGUGCCGUUCUGUUGGACGGCGCACGAAAAUUGGACGACAAACUGAAGUGUAUCAAACAGAAGAAACAAAAAAAAAGCAAAUCAAAACACACAGAGAGGGAGAGAGAGAGAGAGAGAAAUAGUGACACAUAUAAACACUCACCUCUAACAUCGUGUCCUGUGUGUGUGUGCGUGAGGGGUUAUGUGAAGUUUUGUGUGAAAAUCGCAAGCAAAACUGUUGAGUCGUUCGAGUGCUUUGGCAGCCUUUUCGGGUUGCUAGCCACUUGGCUGUGUUUAUGUGUGAGCGUGUGUGUGUGUGUGUGCUGCAGCGCGAUGUAGGUUGUGCCCCUUCCGCCCCCCCCCCCCCCCGCCCUGGAUAAGGCCUUGAACGGCAACGGAACGUAUCUGUAGGCCAUCCCCUCUCGACGCGUUCCAAUUAAAGGGGCACGCCGUGCGGGCAGGCCCGGGCGAAAGUGUUUCUAUCAACCGGGAGGACACACGAGAAUAAAUAUUUACCCCCGAAUUCGCCCUUUCUACCCCUUGAAGCAGUGUGUGUGUGUGUGUGCUUGGGUACAAUUCGAGCGUCUGUUCACACCGGAUCUCGCACCGAAACCGGCGGAAGCAGCGUUGGCACGACCGCGACCCCCGACACUGCCAGCCCUCGCAACACGUACGGUCACCCUGGGAUGAGUGAGGUCCGCUGACGGGCUUUCCCCCCCUCCCCCGUCUCUCUCUCUCUCUCUCCGGUGGGGAUGGGAUGGGUGGCGGCGGUCCGGGCCAUACCAGUGUCGAUCACGGAGCCGGUGCCAGUGCCGGGGAAGCAAACUAACCUGCCGGUACGGUGAACAGCAUGCACUGAGUGCGCUGCUGUAGUGCGAAGGUAGUGCACGUAGUAGGGGGCUAGUAGUGUAGCGGUGUGCCGUGUGCCGAACAGCGAGCAAAGUGAUUGAAAUCGAAGAAGGAAAAGGGGAAGGGUUUACCGGGCGGCCGAAAGUAGUGGCAGUAACCGAAAAAAGAAGAAUUCGUUUGUGUGUGUGUGUGUGUGUGUGUGUGUGUGUGUGUGCGAGUGUUGUGUGAAAGCAUUCCCAUUACACGGUGCGACGUGAGCAGGCAGUGAAAAUGUUAUGUGCUCGGUUGAAAAUCGUCCUCUGCCUUAUACAGCUGCUGGCAAUGCAAGUGUCCCACAGCGUGCUCGGGCUGGAGAGUGUCCACAUACAGGUGCCGGUGGCGGUGCUGGUCGGCACGAGCGCCACGCUCAUCUGCGAGUGCGACCUGCCGGACGACGAGCUCUACUCGGUCAAGUGGUACAAGGGCAAGCACGAGUUUUUUCGCUACACCUCCAAAGAGAUCCCGUCGAUCAAGAUCUUCCCGAAGGCGGGCAUCAGCGUAAAUGUCAACCUGUCGAACGCUAGCCACCUGGUGCUGGUGAACGUGGAGCCGCAGAGCAGCGGCAAGUACAGCUGUGAAAUUACCGAGGCGGCCCCGUCCUUCCACACCAAGAUAGCGACGCGCACGAUGAACGUGGUGGACCUGCCGGCCACCGCACCCCAGAUCCUGGACAUCAAGCCGUUCUACGGGGCGGAGGAGUUCCUCGAGGUCGAGUGCCGGUCGGGGCCGUCGCUGCCCGCCCCGAAGCUCGAGUGGUUCGUGAACGAUCUGCCACUGCACCAGCCGCUGCCGGUCCCGUCCCGGCUGGAGUACGGGACGCAGCCCGGCAGCGCUGACCGACCCACCACCGCCAGCAGCUCCGGUAGCAGCAGCAGUAGCAGUAGCAGGAAAAAACAAUCAGCCAAGUCUUCCUUGCCAGCACCGACGGUGCCACCGUCCACCGAUGGGGAGUCGCGCGAAAACGACCUGGCGGAGGUGCUGCCGGGAAGGCCACGGCCAGCGAUCGGCACUACUAAUGGUGGUAGUAGCAGCAGCAGCAGCACCACCACUACUAUCACCACCACUACCACCAGCAGCAGCAGCAGCAGCAGCAGCCAGGAGCCGGCGGGCAACGGCACAUCCGGCGAGCACCGGAAGGGUGCCGGCAACAGUCGCUACGAGCUGGCCGUGUCCCGGCUGAAGCUGCUGCUCGAGCAUGGCCACUUCCGCAACGGCAAGCUGAAGGUGGAGUGUGCAGCGCACAUCUUCGACCUGUACCGGCAGUCGACGGUGGCGACGGCGGACGAAAACUAUCCCCAGGUGCGCGUGCUCUCGAACAGCGAUAAUGGCGUACACUUUUCCUUCAUGAGCGACAAGGACGAAGCUUCAUCGUCCGGAUCGCCCCGAUCGGUGCUGGCGUACCUGCCGGGGCAGCUGGCGCGCCUGGCCGGUACCAUCGGUGGUUGGGCGGCUCACCCGCGGACGGUGCACGGCGGCGGGAAGGCGAUUGUUGACACGGGCCAGCCGGCCCUCGUCUCGUACGUGCUGCUGGGCGUGGGCUGGCUUAGCUUGCGGUGGUGGCUCUUCUAGGCCGUUCGGCCCCAUCCACCCCUGCCGCUAACGGUAACGCUUUCAGCUCUCCACCCAUGGCCGGACGCCGGAGCCUGGAGAAAUCACAGGAGGAACACCCAGCAAACCCGCCCGAAACAUUCCAAAGUUUGCCAACGAAUGCUGAAACGAAUUUAUUCGCCCAACAACCAAACCCCGCCACUACCCCCCUUUACUCCCUCCCCCCCCCCCCCCUCCGUUUGGGUAGGUGCUUUUUGUGCGCGCGCGUGUGUGCAACAGUGCUCCGACGCUGCGUAUAAUUGUUAAGGAACGUGUUACACUGCCUGCCUCCUCCACCCACCUCCCCAAAACUAUGCGAGAAAACUUGUUCGGCUCAAUAGAUUGGAAACGGUGGCAAUAGAUUGGACAUGCAUCCGGGUGUGUAAACGCAUGACUGAAACACUGCAAAAUAAAGGGCACCGACUACGGUCCGCUCGUACGCAGGUGAAGCAGCGAUUAGAG